AGCAUUUUGUUUCUCCUGGAGAGGGUCAUGUUGGGAGUUUGUAGCUUCCGGUCCGGGGGGCAGCUGCUCUGGGACCCGCUCACCUCCGCCAGCCGCUCCAACACUCACCACCAGCGGCUGCUGUUCACGCGUGGCCACUGACGUCACCUGCAGCUCCGGGACUUGCAGCGGCUCCACGGUCUUCACUCUCCGCACCGGAUCCAUCUUAGCAGGCUGCGGCACCGGGGCCCGAUCCUCCUCACUCGCCGGCUUGGUAAGUGACUUCCGGUCAUCCCGCUGCUCCGACCGGUCCGGCUGUCUUUCUCCGGCUGUCACGGGCGUUCUCGAAGGCUGUAGGGGCUCCACAGACUUCACCCGCCGCACCGGGCCUCCCACGAUCACCUCCGAGAGCUGCACCCGUCCCCGCUGGUCAUCUACCGCUGAGGCUACAGCCGCCGCCAGCCACGUCUUUACAGCACAUACAGGAGCCGGCUGCUCCUUCACUGCCUCCCGCUGCACCUUCACCGCUGCUGACUCCCCAGGUAGUCCUCCUCCACCCCAUGCAGGAUGUCCGUCUCCCGGAAGUCCCCAUUUGUGGUUACAUUGGAAAUUAAUCUGAUCCUGGUGACUCUGACCAUCAUGGGAAUUCUCAGCCGCCUAUGGAAUCUUUCUUACCCGCAAGCUGUUGUAUUCGAUGAGGUAUAUUAUGGCCAGUUCAUAUCUCUGUACAUGAAACGUAUAUUUUUCUUGGAUGAUAGUGGACCCCCAUUAGGCCACAUGCUUUUGGCAUUGGGAGGAUAUCUUGGUGGAUUUAAAGGUGACUACAUGUGGAACAGAAUUGGAGCAGAAUACAGUAGUAAUGUCCCUGUUUGGUCUCUGCGCCUGCUUCCUGCUGUGUCCGGGGGGCUGUGUGUCCCGCUGGCCUAUCAGAUUGUGGUGGAGCUGGGAUUCUCCGUGUGGGCUGGAACCACAGCUGCUGUUCUGAUUCUGUUUGAAAAUGCUCUAAUCACUCAGUCUCGCUUGAUCCUUCUGGAGUCUGUGCUCAUAAACUUCAUUCUUCUGGCCAUCUUGUCUUAUUUAAAGUUCCAUCGUUAUCAGCAAAUCAGCCCCUUCUCCAUGUAUUGGUGGUUCUGGCUGAUUCUCACCGGGAUAUCCUGCUCCUUCGCAGUAGGGGUCAAGUACAUGGGUCUCUUCUCCUACCUUCUGAUCUUAGGAAUUGCUGGUGUGCACAGCUGGCAGCUGCUUGGUGACCGCAAACUGACUAAUAUUUCAGUGGUGUUGCAUUUAGGGGCACGCUGCCUGGCACUUCUGCUGAUCCCUGCGGCUAUCUACUUUGGGAUGUUCUAUAUACACUUGUCAAUACUUACCCGCUCUGGGCCACAUGACCAUAUUAUGAGUAGCGCGUUCCAAGCCAGUUUGGAGGGAGGUCUGUCCCGGAUCACCCAAGGUCAACCACUGGAGGUGGCGUUCGGUUCUCAAGUCACACUCCGGAAUGCGGUUGGGAAGCCUGUGCCCUGCUGGCUGCACUCGCACAAGAACACCUACCCCAUAAUGUAUGAGGGAGGACGUGGGAGCUCGCACCAGCAACAGGUCACCUGUUAUCCGUACAAAGAUGUCAAUAACUGGUGGAUUGUCAAGGACCCGGCUCGACAGGAUAUGGUUGUCCGCUCCCCACCACGUACUGUGCGCCAUGGAGACACCAUACAGCUGGUACAUGGAAUGACAGCCCGCUUCCUCAACACGCAUGACGUGGCUGCCCCUUAUUCUCCAUAUGCCCAAGAAAUCUCCUGCUAUAUUGACUAUAAUGUUUCCAUGCCAGCACAGACCCUUUGGAAGGUGGAGAUUGUAAAUCGGAAGACUGAUGGAGACACGUGGAAGACUAUCCUGUCUGAAGUAAAGCUGCUUCAUGUAAACACUUCAGCAGCUCUAAAGCUCAGCGGGUCAGCAUUACCAGACUGGGGCUUCCGGCAGUUAGAGGUGGUCGGCGAAAGGUUUGCCAAAAGCUAUCACCAGAGCUUGGUGUGGAAUGUGGAGGAGCACCGAUACGGCAAGAGCCAGGAGCAGUCUGAGAGAGAGCAGGAAUUGCACACUCCGCCGCAGAUGGAUGUUGGGAGGAACCUCAGCUUCAUGGCUCGGUUUUGGGAGCUCCAGUGGAAGAUACUGACCAUGAGGAGCGACAGUCCGGAACACAAAUACAGCUCCUCCCCCCUGACCUGGGUCACACUGGACACAAGCAUCGCCUACUGGCUUCAUCCCAAGAGCACGGCUCAGAUCCAGCUCCUGGGUAACCCCGUCAUUUGGUAUUCUGCAAACGUUGGUGUCGUCUUAUAUGCAGUGCUGUUCCUUUAUUACUUGCUGCGCCGACGCAGAGCAGUCUACGACAUUCCACAAGGUUACUGGCACUCCUUCCAGCUGGUCGGGGCGUUGUGUCUCGGAGGGUGGGCGGUGAAUUACUUUCCUUUCUUCUUAAUGGAGAAAACGCUCUUCCUGUAUCACUACCUGCCAGCUCUUACCUGCCAGAUUUUGCUGCUGCCCCCUCUGUUAGAGCACACUCACCAGCACUUGCUCAGGUCUGACACACUGCAGAAUACGUUUUCUGCCCUCCUGCUGGUGUGGAUUUCCAGUGUCGUCCUGACGUACAGCAAGCUUAGCCCACUGACCUACGGUGAACCCCCACUGCCACCGGCGGAGUUGCGGAGUCUGCGGUGGAAAGACACUUGGGACAUACUGAUCAGAAAGCAGUGACGCUCACUUUGUGUGCUUGCUCUAGGUAGCAGAACAAGAAUCUAUACAAGUUACAGAUGGCUAAAGAAUAGACUUUAUCAUGUCAGCGAAUGGUAAACAUUCGGUCUGCCUGUAAUAAUUGUUAUAGACGAAGACUGGAUGGAAUGAACUUGGAUGUUUGAAUAGCUAGAAAACCAUAGGCUAGUUCAGAGAUGGGCAAUACGAAGCCUUACGAUUGACACCAAAGUGCCAGCUCAGUGCAAUCUAGUAGUGUAGUUCACAGCGUCAUUCAUGAAAGAUGCUGUCUUCUCACCAGCAACCACUAGGAUUGUACAAAUAUGGAUUAACCGGUGCAUCGCGCUGUGGUUCAGUGUCGAAGGACGGAAGCAAUUACAACUAGUUGAUGGGCCAAAGACCAGAUGUGAGGUAUCUGAUAAGUCCGUUCACUAUGAUAGUAUUGGUGGUUUUUGCCUGAGUGUACAUAUUACUGGCCCAGCUACAUGGAUUAAUUCACCAGUGCAGGGUAAGAGUGUACUAUUUUAUUGGCUGAACAGGAAGCCAUGACCAUGCCUGAGACAUGGGACAUCUGCUGAUCACAGUUCUAGGAGUGUAUGACAUCACUGGUCUGCACUCUCCUGAUUGCUGGUUGAACCUAUGAAGUAUAUAGAGUAAUUAUUCACUCGGUGGAAGUUGCACUCUAAGAACCUGUUUUAGGGCAUGAAGAGACUGAUCACACAAGAAUGGUGCUUUAAUGAUGAAACACUUUUUUUUUUUUUUUUUUUUUUUUAUAGAAUGUUUUCUAAUUUAAUGAAAAUGAUGUGCGAUGAAGCAGACAUCCAAAUGCAUUUAUACAAGCUCUGUAAACAGAAAAUGAUCAAAAAACUGUUUUGUAUGGAGGUCUGAGUCCUGCUAUGUGGGUUCUGCUGGAAAGUAUCCCUGCUUUAUUAACAUUUCUACCAAUAUAAAAUAUUUCAAACCGA